UGGUAAUCAAGCUGGCUGUCGGUAUGUGGGGGACACUGGCCUCACUCUUUGUCAUCUCGGUGGCCACGUUGAGCCCAACCAAUGGUGCGACAACAUUGCAAAACCUUCCUGCACGUGACAAGGUCGCUCCAGUGAAUGCGACAUCUUCGGCAAAAGCGGCCGAGUCCCGGAUACUGGGUGGUAGCUUCGCACCCGAGGGCGCUUUCCCCUACCAGGCUGGACUGUGGAUGAGCGGCGACUAUCGGCCAUUCUGCGGUGCCACCAUCGCUGACGCUAACAAUCUCGUCACGGCAGCCCACUGUGUCUUCUACACCAACGGAGACAUGAUACCCGCCAGUUUGCUGAGCGUGUCAGUGGGCAGCGUGUACACCUCGUCAGGCACCAGGGUGCAGGUGUCCGCAAUCUUUGUCCACUCCGAAUACAACCUCAUCACAAGCCAGAACGAUAUCGCUGUUCUCAGGACUGAGGAGAAGCUACCCUUGGGACCUACAGUGCAGUCCAUCGGAUUCUCGGAAAGCACUCCUGCGGCGAACACGCCGUGCAACGUAAGCGGCUGGGGUGUCACUGCUGUGAAUGGGGCCACUCCAGAGCAGCUGAAGUACGUGACGGUGAACGUGACGGACACAGCGGUUUGCCGCACGAGGGUACUCGUUCUGGAAGGGAUGCUGUGUGCUGGAGGGGUGAGGAACGAAGACUCCUGCCAGGGAGACGGUGGUGGGCCACUCGUGUCUAAUGGUUCACUUGCCGGAGUCGUCAGCUUUGGCUACAGCUGCGGUUUGGCAGGGUUCCCUAGCGUGUACACCGAUGUGUCCAAAUACGGCGACUUCCUCAACCAUUCGCUGACAGGGCCGGUGUCGCCUCAAUGACGUCACAAGGCUACCAGACGCUGACCGUCGUCGGCUGCAUGGACAGCGUGGGGAGCGUCAAGCCGGGUUAACUCUGCUGCCUGUUUUUCUGCGAAGUACUACCCUACAGGACAGUGUCUGUAGCAAGAAAAUGCUCUCAUAAAUGGAUGUCUUAUGUAGGUUUAAUGCUCUUGUCAGUAAAUGGCAUGCGAUUUUCUGCUGUUCAUGUACUUUAUUAUAUUUAGUGUCGUACAAUAUGCUGGUACGAGUGAAACUGCCCUAGACCAUGGAUGAUACAUACCGUACAUGACAUCCUUAUAGUGAAACCAACAUCUCGAUCAGCUGAUUAUUGGAAACAUCCAUAUUCAGCAGACCUGUGAAGUACUGUUCAGUUUAUCUUCAUUUUGGUAUUUUCGGUAAGGGUUUCUUUAUUAAAAUGAUGCAGUACUGUACAGCGUUUGGUUCCAGCGAAAGAUAUAUGCAAGCAGCUAAUACAGGAUGUACAUAAAUGUUUACCUUCCUAACAAAAUUCUGUAACUCUUUAUUGAUAUAGUAAAUGAAACUUGCGUUAUA